AUGGCUGCCGCAGCUUCGAGAUUAAACGGACCCAUGUUGUCGGAAUCUCGAGGAGGAGAAGGAGUAGGAGACGAAGGGGUAGCACAAUUCCCCGGCAAAGAGGCGACAAAGAGCCCCUUCUGUGGAUCGUCUCCAGGAGGCUGCUUUGCUGCUGGGCAACCUGCCAAACUGGCCGACGUCGACGUCGUCUGGUCGCUCGAUCCGUCCAGAUCCCUGGCUCCCCAGGCGCUGGACCAGUUCACCGAAGCACUGGUCCGUCUUCUGGACCCGGCCAGAAGUGCUCCUCUCCUGCCGUCGGCUCGGUCCACCCUCCACACCACAACAGCUCCACUCAACCUGGCCACGUCAACGCCGGCCUGGCAUCUGCCCGCACCGAUGGAGGAGGACCCUUUUGGGUCGUACCAAAUUCAGGUGACCAGACGU